AUUUUCUUGAAAUCUUAUUCUGCCGGAUUUCCUAACAAUUUCAGCGCACAAGAUAAGACAUAUUGUCUCAAAAAAUACUUUUGAAGUUAACAAAAUCUACGUUUAAAACUAAUCCCCCACUUUCUUUGGUUUAAUUAUUUCGUUGGGCCAUAAACCGGCGAACGGCGCCGCCCCCGCUGCAUCGGUGGGGUCGACGAUGAGUAAUACCGUUUGUCGUGCUGAGUGACGUCGUGCAGCGGCAGCCGGCGCGCGAGCUCAGUCCCUCACCGCGAGGACGCACGACAGGACCCGCCCUCGCACUCGCACCCCAGCACCGACAUCUCGCUUCAUCGCACUCUAUCGAUCACUCGACAUCAGUCUCGUCUCUAGGAAGAUAACAUAAUGGACGGCGCCGACGCUCUCCUCGGCGGGCUCGCGGGCGGCGACAAGGUUCCGGCGCCCGAGCCAGUUGCGUCUCCGGUCAUGAAGCGCGAUCACGACUCCACGGACGACUUCGAGCACCUGGACCGCGAGCGCCAGGAGGCGGGCGAGUCGCCGCUGCAUGCGCCGCGCGCCGCCACGCAGAACUUCCUCGACAUGGAGCGCGACGAGUUCUCGGAGCCGCGCGCCGCCGCGGCCUCCGCCGACCGCCUGGCGGACCAGCUCGCCGACCAGCUGGCUGACAAGUUUACCGACAGCGAGUCGGACGCGGAUACCGCGGGCGAAUCUCCGCUGCAUCGGGCGCAGCCCCCCACCGCCGCGGCCGCCGCGCCCUCGGCGCCCACGCCGGAACCGCUGGUGGCCCUGGACCCGACGCCCCUGCUGGCUCCGGCACCCGCGCCCCCGACCGCACAGCUGGCUCCGCUGCUGCCGGAGCCGGUGCUGCAACCUACACCCGCGCCUGCGCCCGCCCCUGCCCCCAAGCCUGCGGCCCCGGAGCCGGCGCCGCAGUCGCGCGCGGAGCCACCGUUGCAGCCCAAGGAGCCGGCCGCGCCCGCGGUGCUGAAGUCGAAGCCGGAACCGGCUCGCGCUCCCGUCGCCCAUGUCAUCGAAGCCGAGGUCAUUUUCUGCCAGAUGGGACUCGAUGCUUGGUUCGACCCGCAGAGGCUACAUCCCGAAGUGGAGUCUCUGAUCUACUGGCGGAACGCGGCGCGGUCGGGCGGCGCGCUGGGCGCGGGGCUGGCGCUGCUGGUGGCGCUGGCGUGCUGCUCCGUGGUGUCGGUGCUGGCCUACGUGUCGCUGCUGGCGCUGUCCGCCGCCGUCGCCUUCCGCGUCUACAAGAACGUGCUGCAGGCCGUGCAGAAGACCAACGAGGGACAUCCCUUCAAGUGGCUGCUGGAGCAGGAUCUGGCGCUGCCGGCGGACCGCGCGCAGGCGCUGGCGGCGGCCGCCACGGCGCACCUCAACGCCGGCGUGGCCGAGCUGCGCAGGCUAUUCCUGGUUGAAGACCUGGUGGACUCGCUGAAGUUCGGAGUGCUCCUGUGGUGCCUCACGUACGUCGGCGCCUGCUUCAACGGGAUCACGCUUAUUAUUCUCGGGUGGAUAGCGCUGUUCACUCUGCCGAAGGCGUACGAGAUGAACAAGGCGCAGGUGGACGCCAACCUGGAGCUGGCGCGGGCCAAGAUCAACGAAAUCACCGCCAAGGUGCGAGCAGCAGUGCCGCUGGGCAGGAAGUCUGAGAGUGAGAAGGACAAGUAGAGGCGCGGCGCGCGCGAGUGAGCGAGACGGCGAGCGGGGCUGCCCGCCACGCUAGGCACAGUUCUUUUAGCGCCGGAGUACUUCACUGUUUGUUAUAUUUAUUAUUAUUAUGUACUAUUGAAUAAAGAUACUACUUUACGUGUAAAGCUUUAUGAGACGAGUCAUGCGGAGAUUAUUGUAUUUGCUUUUUGAAAUUUUAAAUUAAAAUAACUGUCGAACCAA